AAUAAGGAGUGAGGACCCCAAACAAAUCCAUAAAUCAAAUCACAUUUCGCCACGUCAUAAAGUCCUAGUGGGCCCCAAUAAAUACAGACCAAAACCCUCAAAUGCUCUCUUUUCCUUUACUGCUACUAUACAAAACCUGCCAGUGCAAAUCCAGUCACUCUGCCAAAUUCCAAACAAGAGUUACAAAACCCAUUUGAGUAUAUCUUAUAAACAUUUCAUUUCAUAUAUAAAAUUAGAAAAUAGAUUGAUAAACCUCUGCUCUUCUUUGAUAAUUAUUAUCUCCAUUUGAAAAUGUCUGGAUCAUCGAGGGAAAGCCAUUGUCAGAGGAGAAGAAUUGAUAACAUUGAUGAAGGAAUUGUGGGUUAUCAGAUCUGUAAUGGGGCUGCAUCAAGAAAUGGUGGUGGUGGAAUCAGAGAUAUUAUGAUCAGUUCUGUGGAAGGGUUAGCUGAUGAAGGUGAAGAGAUGGAGAAUAGAGGAGAAUUAGGGUUAGAGCCUGAAAUAAAUCCACAGGCUGAUUAUAUAAUUCCAAAUAAUGAAGAAAAUCCCUUCCCUUCACCAACUUCUUCUCAAUCUCCACAACAUUCUCCUCAAAGUGUAGUUGACUCAGUAUCAUCUUCAAGCAUGCCUGUAGAAAUUAACCGAGCAAGCGAUCUUUUAAUGGCGGUAUCACUUGCUGCUGAGCCAAACAAGAUUAAAAUUAGUGAGCUUGCUAAUUCAGCCAUGGAAGAGCUGGUAAGAAAGGCUUUUGGUGGAGAUUUGUUAUGGCAACGACAAGUAGAUAGCGAUAUUGAGAGACUAAAUGAAGCUGAAUAUAUAAGGGAAUUUCGCGCAUUUGAUGCAAGUCUUGAAGAGAUAAUGAGAAUGAUCGAAGUGGGUGAUCCUCAAUGUUUUGCAACCCUAGAUGGAAAUUACGAUUUUACUUGUGCAUUUCAACAAAAACCUACAUUACCGCGAGAAAUUGAACCGGGUGCUCUUCAAACUGAAGCUUCAAGAGAAGUAGGGUUUGUGAAAAUGAAUGCUACUAGUAUUGUUGAAUGGCUAAUGGAUUUGAAUCAAUGGUCAUUAGCAUUUUCUAAGAUUGUCUCAAGAGCAACCAUACUUGGAGUUUUAUCAACAGGAAUGUCUGGAAGCUAUGAUGAGACAUUACAAGUGAUGAGAGCAGAAUUUCAAGUGCCUACACCACUCGUUCCUAUUCGAGAGUGUCAAUUUGCAAGGUACUGUAAGCAAGUAGGGUCUAGCACAUGGGGAGUAGUCGAUGUAUCAUUGGAAGAUUUAUUCCCUUAUCCAAUAUUAAAAUUUAGAAGAAGGCCUUCAGGUUGUCUGAUCGAAGAAAUGUCGGAUGGGAAUUCUAAGGUUACUUGGGUUGAACAUGUUGAAGUGGAUAAUACACUUGUUCAUAGAAUAUUUCAGCCACUAGUUCUAUCUGGUAUUGCAUUUAGUGCAAGAAGAUGGGUUGCCACUCUAAUUCAACAUUGUGAAUGGGUUGCUACUGUAAUGUGUCGAAAUGUUCCUCUCCCAAAUGGAGGAUUAAAAAGCCAAACUGGGAAAGAAAGGUUGUUAAGGCUAACAGAAAGAAUGAUGAGAAGCUUUUGUGUAGACAUUAGUGCUUCUACUAGUAAUUUUUGGAUGCCAUUACCUAUAAGUAGAGCAGAAGAUUUUAGGGUUAUGACCAAAACCAUUACUCCUUCUCCUGCUUCUCCUACUACCUCAAUAGCCUUCGCAUCUUCUCUAUGGCUUCCAGCUCCACCAAGGAGCAUAUUUAACUUUCUCCGUCGCAGCGAUUCAAGAAAUAAGUGGGAUUUGCUUUCUCGUGAGCUUGUAAUUCGAGAACUUACAUACAUAAUCAAAGGAGACAAUCCAGAAAACCGAAUCUCAAUCUUGCAAGCAAAUUCUGAUCCAAACCGGAUUGAAAUAUUAUACUUGCAAGAAAGCUACAGUGACCCAACCGGUUUCUACAUUGUUUAUGCACCAAUGGACGUUAUUUCCAUGGCUACAUUAGUAGAUGGAGGAAAUCCAGAUUAUGUGAAUAUUUUACCAUCUGGGUUUGUUAUACAUCCAAGUCAUAAGCCAAUUACGAGUAAUUAUAAUGGACAUGGACAUCAAGUUGAUGGAAGUGUUCUUACGCUAUUUUUUCAUAUUCUUGAUGGUUGUUCAACAGAAGAUAGCAUAUAUAUUCCUCGGGAAUCUCUUGAUACUGUUCACAGAAUCCUAACAGAAACUUCUGUUUUGAUUAAGGAUGCUGUUGUAUCUGGUGAUAAUCCGUAGAACUAUGUUUUGGUCAUUUUUAAUCUUCUUUUGCCCCUGUAAGAAAGCAAAUGAAAGAUGGAGCAGGAAGUGUAAAUGACACAGUGUACUGAUGAAUGAAAAAUCUUUUGGAAGACAGAUUAGGGUUUUAAAUGCCCUAAAGAAAACAGUAACAAAGACAAAAUAAUAAGAGGUUGUAAAUAUAGAUAUUCUCAAACAACUUUAAAACCCUGGUGGUGUUUGUGUAUUUAAAUGUAGUAAUUAAUUUAAUAAUGUUGUCUAA